AUGGGAAACCGUGAGUCCACCGCGGGCACCGCCCAGCUCGACGAAAACGGCCCCCCGGACUACUAUGCCCUGCUCGAGGUCGACGAGUCUGCCGCCGCAGACGAAAUAAAACGCUCUUUUCGCAGACUCGCUCUCAUCCACCACCCGGACAAGAACCACGAAGAUAUAGAGGGCGCCACACAGCGCUUCGCUACACUCCAACAGGCAUACGAGGUCCUCAGCGAUGAUCAAGAGAGGGCGUGGUAUGACAGCCACAGAGCUUCCCUAAUACCCGAACCCGACGCGCAGACCGUCUUCGACGACAUCAAGCGUGGCGCUCCGCCGCCCCGGGCCCGCGAUCGUGGUCUGACCGUCCGGCACCUCGCCCAAUUCUUCGACCCGGCCAUCUACAAAGGGUUCGACGACGGCGAAAAUAGCUUCUUCACGAUUUACCGCAAUCUGUUCUCCCGCCUGGCACACGAUGAAUCCCAGUAUGUCGAUGUCCCAUACCCGUCGCUCGGGCACCCCACGUCGCCGUGGGUGCCCGCAUCCAAGGACGAAAAGGACGCAGCCGCGCGGACAUUCUACACUUUCUGGCUCAACUUCGCCACGAACAAGGACUUCCACUGGGAGGACGGCUGGGACGUCUCCCAGGCCCCAGACCGCCGCGUCCGCAGGCUGAUGGAGCGGGACAACAAGAAGGCGCGCGAGGACGCCCGCAGGGAGUACAACGACACGGUCAGGUCGCUCGCCACGUUCGUCCGCAAGCGCGACCCCCGCUACAAAGCGCACCUCGCGCGCCAGGCGCAGUCGCCCCCGCCCCCGCCCCCGCCGUCCGCCCCCGCCAGCGGCGCGCGCACCCCCGCGCACGCGGAGACGUUCGUCGCGCAGGACUGGCAGCAGGCCGCGGUGCUGCCCGACGCGGCGGACCUCGAGUGGGCCGCCGCGGAGGGCACCGCGGAGGAGUGGGAAUGCGUCGCGUGCGGGAAGCGCUUCCGCAGCGAGGCCGCGUGGGACAGCCACGAGCGGAGCAAGAAGCACAUGCGCGCGGUGGACGCGCUUCGGCAGCAGAUGCGGGAGGACGAGGAGGAGCUCGGGCUGGGUGGGGAGGAGAAGCUCGGGCUGAGCGGGGAGGCGGAGGCAGAGGCGGUGGCGGCGGAGGAGGGGGAGGACGCGGAUAGCGGCGGAGAGGGAUCGGUACGUGAUGGGCAAGAGGAGGAGCCGCCGCGCUCGUCGAGUCCGCCCGGUGACCAGCCGGAAGACGAACACGCCACUCAGCCGAGCACCGUCGAGCCCGAAGACGACGAGGGUGUGGUGGACGAACCGCGGCGAAAACGGAAACAAGGGAAAAAGAAAUCAAGGGCAGCCUCUCCGGACGUCGUGCCCAAGUCUCGGGGAAGGACCGGGCGGAAGGACGUAGUCGAUGGCGAUGAAGAGCCGCAGGCUCAACAAUCGGUCGCGAAUGGCAAACCGGCCGAGCCUGCAGCGGACGAUGCGGGACGUCCCCCCGACGCUGGUGUGGGUAGUCCUGGCCCAGCUCAGCCCGAGAUGUCGAAGCGGGAGAAGAGGCGAGCGCGAGAGGCUGCGAAACAAGCGAAGGGAGAGACUGUCGGUGCGAAAUUGCUUUGCAAUGUAUGCAACACCGAGUUUGAGAGCCGGACGAAGCUAUUCGCCCAUAUCAAAUCAACUGGGCAUGCGCUUGCCACCCCCGAUGAUGACAGAACGGGAGGCGGAGGUAAGAAGGGCAAGAAAGGCAAGAAAUGACAUUUUACAAUCUCUAGUUCUCUGUCGCAUAGAUCACACUGCGAUUUUUUAUAACUGAGAUGAUGAGGAGAGCACUACCAGAAGAAAACAGAUUAUACACU